CCAGGUCCUGGGCUGAGAGGACGGAGCCCAGACCUGAGGCUGGGGGACAGUCCAGGACGCAGGGCAGACAAGGCCUGGGGCUGCAGCAAGCCACUGUGUGGUAAGCCCUGAGGGAGGGCGAGAAAGGCGGCACCAGACUUGAGCAGAGACAGAGAGAGAACAGCCCCAGAGACGCCCUCCACCCCCUGCAGCCCAGAGCAGGAACGCCGCCGCCGCCGGCAGGUUUAAGGCCCCUGGCUCUCCUCCCGUCCCUGCCCUCUCGCUCUGGGCCUUUGACCCCUCCCUCCCCGCCUCGCCUCCACUCACACCUUUGCCCUGUGACGUUAGGCUCUCCCGUGCAGACCUGGCCCGUGGCUGGGGCUGCCGCUGGCAGCCAUGUUCGCCCUGCUGUCCCCCACCUCCUGGCUCCCUGGCCUCUCCUCCCUCGAGUGGGGCACGGGUCUCCUCCUCGACUCCCUCCUGCAAGGCCUCAUCGGGGCCUGUGGAGUCUCCGUCCUGAACAACCUGCUGAAGGUUUACUUCUUCGUGGGCUGUGCCAACAACCCGGAGCGGCAGCUGGAAAAGGAGAGGCUGCGGCCCCGGCGGACUUCUCUGGACACCGUGCACCUGGCCGGACUGGCCCUGAUCCUGACCGUCGUGGGGAACCGGGUGGCCUCCCUGGUGGCGCUGGAGUUCUCCCUCAGGGCUAUCUCCACGCUGCUCUCCCUGGGCAAGGGCUCCCGGGGCACCGAGAGGCUGCAGCUGUACCUGCUGUGCCAGUACUCGCUGGGCUGCGGGCUGACCUGCGGCCUGAGCUUCCUGCAGGAGGGCGCCGCUCACCGCACGCUGAACCUGCUGCUGGGCCUCGGGCUGGCCGCGCUGCUGAGCACGGUCACCCAGCGCCUGCGCCGCCACGUCUGCUCCCUCUAUGAGCUGCACAGCAGCCAGCACUACUGUGGGGUUUGCCUGGGCCUGCUGGCCAGUGCGCACGGCCUCCCCCGGCUGCUGGGCCGCAUCCUGGCCGUGGCCUUUGGUGUGGGGGACCUGGCGGCCGUGGUCCUCAUCAAUCAGGACUUCCUGACCACCUCGGAAGCUGUGCGCUUCUGGACGCCGCUCACCAUCUGCUACACCCUGCUGGUCAUCUACAUGCAAGAGGAGCAGCGGCAGAACCCCCACCCUGGCCUGCAGAACCAGGUCCAGACGGUGCUGGUGCGCAUGGGUGGCCUCUUCGUGCUGCUGCUGACCGUGGGCCGCUGGCUGGACCUCCUGGGUGUCCUCAUCUCCCUGCUGGGCGAGCUUUGGUGCCUGGUGGGCGUCCGCACUCUCCUUGACCUUUGCCAGAUACAGGACUUUGCAUCCCAGAGGCCUUUGGUGUCAGCUCCAAGCCAGCCGCGGCCCUCAGCACCUGCCGAAACCCAGGGGACGGCCCCCUCCUGACCUGCCUCAGAGAGGACUCGUAGUCCGACUCGAGCCCGCACAGGCCCACCUGGAGGCCUGGACCCCCCCAGCACGGUGCCCACCUGGAGGCAGACUGGCAGGGUUGGCCCCCACCUGGAGCUUGAGGUGGGCACUGGAGCCCCCGAGAUGGAGGGGAGGGCUAGGGCCCUCAGAAGGUGCGGGCACCUGGAGGCCACCGGGUUCAUCCCCCUUCCCUCAGGGUGGGCAGAGGUCAUGCAGCCCCCUCAGACCCGCCCUCGGGGGGUGGGGGCAGGGGAGAGGCGCAUCCUCAGAAGGGCUUCCCCCCUUCCUGGCCUCCCUCGCCCUCUCCACAGACAAUAAAGACGUUUUUCUCAAA